AUGUUCGGGUCGCUCGCGCAGCCUACGCAUCAUGUAUACUCUUGCCUCAAGUACAGGUUGCGGCGGUUGACGGAUCCAACCUCGGCAGAGUGGCGCGACAUCUUCCGAUACCUGCACGGCUCCAACCAACCGGCUCAUAAAAUUCGAGUCGAGGUCCAGGGGAUCUAUGCGCUAUCCAUAGAACCAAACUCGCCAAACGACUAUCAAGAUUGGAUACAUGCCCGCGAGUUAGCACGACUUCAAGCUUAUAGGGUCGAUGAAUCGACAGCAGGAAGAGCGGCACGCCAUCGGAUCGACACGAAACGAUUGCUGCUUUGGCACGGUACUCCCAUACACAAUGUCAUCAGUAUCCUUGAGACAGGUCUUCGCACUCGUCCUCCAAACUGCACGGCCAGGCGGGCCAUGUUUGGGAAAGCAAUAUACCUAGCUGAUGCGUCCAGCAAGUCGGCCAACUAUUGCGGGAGCCAAAACGGCGAAGAGGCGGUCCUCUUUCUGUGCGAGGCUGAUGUGGGGCGAGGCAGAGUGAUGCAUGAACAGCGGUGUCGAGGUGGCGAUAUAAUGAUCCAAGACUCGGAGAAAGAGAAGAGAUGCGUGCAAGGAGUUGGGCUUAACCAGCCAGCAGGUUGGAAACCGAUCAGAUGGCGUAUUGCAGCUGCGCCGGCAACGUCGGCCGGGGAAGUCGAGAUGGUGGGUCGUAACACUUCGCUAUGA